AGGAACAGGAGGACACUCCUCUUCGGAGUUGUGUAAAGCAAAGGGAAAGCAUAAUAUCACCAGUGAGCGCGCUAAACGCUGAGCUGUGCAUAUCUCUUUUUCACGGACUUUGUUUUCUUAUUCAGUGAGGUGUUGCAGGCACCAGCAGGGAGCGUUGAAGCAGGCGGAGUGGGGAGUCACUACAUUAAUCCCUCGUAAUCCUGAUUUCAGGAUUGCGCCGCUGCGCUUCAUUCCCGCAUUAUUAUUAUUGUUAUUACUAUUUUCCUCUCAUCUCUUUCCCUUUGAGGCACACUGCGCAUUCAUUAAACAUUUGCACAUUUAAUUACCUUCUGUCCUUUUUUUCUUCUGAAGAACAUUUAUACACACCUUUUCUAAUUAAGCCCCUUCUUUGUCCCUUUCUCCCCCCACUCACAAUACCGCCACCGCUCCUCUACCCUUUUUUUCUCUUCUGUUUACAUAAUCGCCUGGCUGCGCUGCGUGCUGCAAUAUAAAAGGAAAAUCCUUUUCUUGUUAUCAUUACCUGUUGUGCGUGUGGCUGUGGAACGUGUCAUCCGCCUUCUCGAUUUCCUGGUAAUACAGGGCGAAUCUGAAAGGAAACAACACGGAGUUUUUUCCCCAAAUCCAAUACCGUACAGUUUUAUCCCCAGCAAUUGUACACUUCGGCCUUCCUUUUGUCUUUGCACUUGUGCCUGAGAGUUCCUGUUGAAACAGCGCCGCUUCACAUAACUUGACAGGAGCCUCUGUUUUUCUGUUUGUGUGUGUGUGUGUCAUCGUGUAUUUUUGUAUUUGGUUGUAGAUCUCGAUUUGUUUAUAUCUUUCCCCUUUUAAUUAAACGGGCUUUAUUUUCUCUUUCUUUUGCUUCUUCUUUUUUUUUCCCACGUUGUGACGCACAUCGAACUUCAACAAACAAAAGUUUUUUCUUUCUUUCCCUCUCUCUCUCACACAAGCGCACCCUCUUUUCUGGCAAUAAGCAACUGGCGCAUACAUCACGUUAACACGUAAGUCGUUCGUCUACAUACGGGAUGCUGGUACUUACAGGACUAAUUUGACACUUUCCUUUCGUAGUCGGGCACUUGGACCGGUGUGGAAGAGUUAGAACGAAAGAGAAAAAAAGAGGAAUCUUUUCUACGUUUUUGCGGCGGAUUCCAUUCGGUUUGCUUUUGUUGUUGUUGUUUAAGGAUAGGUGUACAUACGACUAGCGUGACACAGGCCUCAAAGCAUCACACACACAAUAAUUCUUCUUCCUUAUCUUCUGGCUACUGUCAAGGUCAUACGCAUAGCUCCGUAUCAUUUUAGCGUCUAUUUUUGCCACCUUUUUUUUUCCUUUACUUCACUGUAACUUAUACAUCUAUGACGUUUCCUACAGGCUUACGUUCGUUAAAAUAUAUAUUUUACUUGUUUUACUGCUGAUUGUUUUUUGUUCUAGCCCUCUGUUUCUUCGCACUUCUCGGACAAGGAAAGAUCCUUAUAAUAUAUAUAAGUAUUUACAUGUGAGUGACGAUCACCAUUUAGCACCUCGCGUCAACAUGCCUCCAAACGCAAAGCGCGUGCUCUCCCGAAGGAUGGCCAGCCCGAUAACGUACGGAACCUUCCUCCUGCGUGUCAGCCUCGCCGUCGUCAUCGUCCUGUCCGCCGUUGCCAUCAUGAUCUAUGUCGUUGCCGCAGGAGUUGACCAGGUGUACCGGCUGCGCAACCAGCACAACAUUUAUUACGCCCCCAGCAACGACCCAACCGGCUCUACACAGCUUCUGCUGCUGCCUCAGUUUGACGCGACGGUGGGGCUGGUCACGGCGUGCGUAAGCCAUAGCUGCUUUGCACGUGCUGGGCGCAGUGGAGUUCAAGAUCUAAUUGCCGCCACAUUGGGCAAUCAAUCUUUCACAGCUGGCGAUGCAGCAAACCUUCGAAAACGGCUGGAGUCUGAGUUCAUGUUUGGCUACGAUAGUGGUGCACACUGUGGUGUUCCGUACACCAAGCUACAGCGCCUUUCUGGGUUUGGGUACGCUGCUUACGUGCUUAGUUUAGUCUUCUUUAUUGGGUUGUUCAUCUCAAGUCUUCUGUUGUGUCAGCUUGUCGGUGAUACCGACGUGCUGGCUGGUACGCCGUCGUUAGACAAGGACUCCAACGCCAUCAACGUGGAGGAUAUGGGCAUUACGGGAGUAUAUUUGAUGUACAAGCUGAGGCGAUAUCUGAGCCACGAAGGGCCUUUGCUCGCUACGGUGAUGGCGCUGAGCGGGCUUGCCUUUGUGUUUAGUAUCUGUGGCAUGGGUGUAACGCUCGCCGCUGAGUUGUCGUCGUCCAAGUGCGGCGUCUCUGUCUGCACCUCCUUCGAGUCGAGUAUGAGGAACUUUUUUUCGGAGUUGGCGCGCCUCAACAUUGCCGUCUCCGCACCCCGCACGUACUCGUGUCGCACUGGUGCGUCGUUGGCGCUGUCUCUUGUUGGUUUUAUACUAGGUCUGCUGUGCUUUUGCGUCGCGUGCCUUCUCGCUGGGUGGUACCGCUGCACUCACAGGCGGAAAGAGUUACUGGACCUGCGCGACCACCUUUUUCGUUUAGCGGACGUGCAGGGGCAAAUUGACACCGUCGUCGGCGGUGACACGCCGUUUCCGCUUGCCCUGUCUCGACAGGUCUCCCGCGUCGUCAGCGGCGGCUCCGCUGCGGCUUCACUCGGCGGCAGAGAGAGCGGUGUGGAGCGCGACGCCAACGGAAACCUCACCGCCCACCACCGCGGGGCGUCGACUGUGUCGGUCGGCACCCGAAAGUCGAACUCUGGCAUUUUCGGCCUCGUCGAGUUCGAUCGCCGUCACGCGCGAAGCGUGGGUGCGCUCAUUGAGCUCUACCGUGCAUUGAAGCUGUUCGUGACCACCGAGGAGCGGGCGCGUCAGGGUUUGAUGGCACAGGAGAGGCUGGAGUUUUAUAGUGCGUUGGCGAUGCGGGAGGCGAUGUGGUACAACGAGGAGCUAUGCGUGCUGCACGAGUUCACGCUGAACUGGUUUGUCGGCCCCCCGCUGGAUCUGUCGGUGCUGGAGACAGAGGAGCGGCAACGCAUCAUGGAGGAGUUCAGCGCGUCUGUGAGCGACUUUUUGACGAACAUCGCGGGCGGCUUCGAUGACCCCGCGGAGCCCGUGCUGUCAUGGGAACGGGGCGGUCCGCUGUCCACUGCGGCGACGGCACGGUGGUCGCAGCAGGUCGCCCGCUGGCAGCGCAUUCAGGCGAAGACGGCGCCGCUGAUCUUACAAAGCGCCUCCUACGCUAGAGUCGACACCCCGCAACCCCCAUCACGGUUGCAAAAAACCAAAUCAGCGUUAAAAUUGGCUCCUGUCUCUUCAUUGGACACCGAUCGUUGGCUCACCAUCUUGGACAAGCUCCGCUUUACUACUUACGAUGACGGCGCCUUUAUCACGCGCAGCGCAUCUCCCUUUCUUACGCACCGCGACACGAGUACGUUAGGCAACUUCGACGACGUCAGCAGCUUCUCCUCCAACACCUUCUCCGACCCUUCUUUUGCGCGGGCUCACCACGACGACUUCAUUCCCCCAGACAACGUACGAGCGCAUUUAGUGAAGGCCGCCCACACGACGAGGACGCUGCCACGACCGCCACCACGUCUGCGGGCACUGCCGCCAUCGGAAGAUGAGAAACGGCCAGCCAUCGUGAAAGGCGGCACAGGACGGCAGCUGCACUCCGGUACGAAUGGAGGUGUCGGUAACGGCAGCAGCAGUCGUCGUCCUGGUGGAUGA